GCCAGGCAAUGACCAUCUUCAAUAAGAGACAAUCGAACCACUGCCCCUUGAUAUUCAAUGGUGUUACCAUCACUAAAUCCCUCACUAUCAUCAUCUUGGAGAUGAACAGUCACAAGAAGCUCAACUGGACUCACCAUGUCAAUACUGUUGCUACAAGAGCAGAAAAAUUGCACUGUACUACACCAGAGAAUACAUUGCGGAUAGACACUGCAGAUAGAUGCUGACCAUCACCCACGGAGCAACUACACAACUGUGGGAAGAUAUCCAGUCCCUUCACAGCAUUGCUCAACACAGAGAAGGUUGGGCAGUGAAACCAUCAUCCGGAAAUCACUUGAGUCAGAUGAGCUUUGAUACAUCAUCAGACCUGGAACUGGUCAGUGGUGUGGAGCCUUCCAUCAAAACUAAGAUUUCUGAACAUUCAGCUGUCAGUGAUUAGUCAGGGUGACGCUGGGAAGAAGUGUUGAGUAGCCUCCAUGCUGGGUGAGAGCUUCAAUCAAGCAUGAUUCAAUCAUGAUUCAUUUCUACAGGGGAGAGGCUAUUCAAGUAUAAGGAGGGCUCCACAGGCUCAUAAGAUCUCCCAACACAAAUUGCAUCUAUUGUAUGAUUGUUAACACACUGGAAGCUUCACGGAAAAGAUACUGUGCUCAUGUGAGGUGCAAAACCAAGACUUUGCCUGGUUAUUGAUGCUCAUAACUGACCAACAUAUUCAAUCUAGUGAGAAGCUACCCACAUGUAAGGUGUGCAACAAAGCAGUCUCAAAUUCAUCUACCCUCCUUGCGCACCAUCGCAUCCACACAGGGGAGAAAUCAUUCAUGCGCAAGGUUUGUGAGAAGGCUUUCAACAAUUCCUUUGAUCUCCUGAAGCACCAAUGCAUUCACACAGGGGAGAAACCAUUCACAUGAGAGGUGUGUGACAAAUCAUUCUCUGACUCAUUGAAACUCCACAAACACCAAUGCACUCGCUUGGGGGAGAAACCAUUCACAUGUGAAGCAUGCAAUAAACCAUUUUCAAAGUUAACAAACCUCCAUGCACACCAACGUAUUCACUCUGGGAGAAACCGUUCACAUGUGAAGUGUGUGAUAAAUCAUUCUCGAACUCAUCAACCCAGCGCAAACACCAAUGCAUUCACACAGGAGAAACCAUUUAGGUGUGAGGUGUGUGACCAAUCAUUCUCGGACUCAUCAAACUUCCGUACAUACUAACGCAUUCACACGGGAGAGGCAAUUCACAUGUGAACUGUGUAACAAAUCAUUCUCUGCAUACACAAUGGAUUCAUACAGGAGAGAAACCUUUCAGAUGUGGAUUUUGUCAGAGAGCUUUCACUAACUCCUCUGAUCUCCUGAAGUACCAACACAUUCACACAGGAGAAAAACCAUUCACUUGUGAGAUGUGCUACAAAUCAUUCUCUGAAUUAUCGAAUCACCGCAAACACCGACGUAUUCACACAGGAGAGAAAUCCUUCAUGUGCGAGGUGUGUGACAAAUCAUUCUCAGACUCAUCGACACUCCGUGUGCACCAUCGCCCUCACACUUGAGAAAAGCCUUUCCGCUGUAUGGUGUGUGAUAAGCUCUUCUCGGAUCAUCAACUCUCCGCCUACACCAACACACUCACACUGGGGAGAAACCAUUCACGUGCAAGGUCUGUGUUAAAUCAUUCUCAGAUCCAUCUACCCUCUGCACACAUCAAUGCUGUCACAUGGGGGAGAAACCAUCAAUAUACAAGGUGUGUGACAAAUCAUUCUCUAGGUCAUCAAAAUUCCUGCUGCACCAGAGGUUCGAAAUAGGGGAGUAACCCUUUGACAGUGAGGUUUGUGAUUAAGGUACCGUGAUGUCUUUCAAAAUCCCGGGCUUUCAGAGAAUUCAGCAAGAGGGCAACUUUUUUGUUGCUCUGGCAAAGUUUUCAUCCAGUCUUCAAUCUCCUGAAGCAUCAAUGGAUCCACAAAGGUGAAAAUCCCUUCACAUGUGUAAUAUGAGAGACAAAUCAUUCUCAAACUCACUGAACCUCUGUAUUUACCAAUGCAUUCAUACAGGAGUGAAACUAAUCAGUAAUGAGGUGUGUGAUAAGGCUUUGACAUAGUCAGUGUAUCUCCCAAUUGAAUAACAUACCCACAAAGGGGAGAAAUCCUAUAGUUCUGUAAUGAAGCCAUCAUAUAGUUGUCUAACAUUGUGGAAUAUCAAUAGACCCAUAGAGGAGGCAAACCCUUCCAGCGCCGGGAUUGUUUCAUAUAUUUCACCUGUCUCACAGGACACCGGCAUAUCCACGUGGACUUAGAACUGUGUCACCUGCUUCUGUCACACUGAGAGCUGUCUGUGUUGUUUACCGUCCAGUGCUCACACAGGGGCGUUGUCGUUCCAAAGCACUGUCUGUCUCAGCAGGGUCCAUCUCAAACCUCUCCCACCAACAGGCCAAUCAUUUCAAGGCAAUUUAACCUUUGACCUGAUCAUGAAACAUCAUCACCAAAUGAGGACAUCAAUAGAUAUAGAAGCUCCUGUUUGAGCACAGAUACCACUGUGUCUCUGUGAGGACCUUCUCAGCCACAGGUGAUUCAGAAGAAUGUGUGUUAGGAUUUUCUGUGUUGUGGACAAGAGUGAAAACUUCAAUACUGCAUGACUCAUCUUCCUUCUUGAAGAUUGGUACAAUUGUCACGUUCCUGAAAUCAGGACGUCAGAGGAAGUUCCUUUUCCUCCCAUCUGCAUAGGAUGGGUUCAUACAGUCUUGAAAUGAGGAAAAGUCCCCCAGCUUUAUAGCCUUCAGUUUGAGAACAACACCAAGGACUCUUCAUUACCAUCAUCAAUACAUCCAAAUGAUUUGACUCAACUAGGAGGAGUAUGCAGCAAGUCAGCAUCACUGUGAAGUUAAAGGAAUGAACUUCAAAGAAUGUGCAAAAAGUCAGAGUCACUGUGAAGUGGACUAGGGCAGCAGUGGCAGACAGAAACAGAUGCAGAGAACACCUGGAACCUGUUUCUGCCAGUCUAAGCCAAAAAGUGUUGUCACAAGAAAACAGAAGAAUGAUACCAAACUACACCAGAGAAUACAGUGAGGAUAGUGGAUGCAGAAAGAUCUUCAUCAUCACCCAAAGGACAUUCGCACAACUAUGGGAAGAUAUCCAGACCCUUCACAGCAUUGCUGAAUGCAGAGAAGGUGGUGCAGUGAAACCAUCAUCUUGAAGUUGGUCAGGUCAGGACAGCUUUGACAUAUCAUCAGAUCUGAAACUGGUCACUGGUGUGGAGCCUUCCAUCAGAACCGACCUUUCUGAAGGUUCGGCUGUGGGUGAGCGGUCUGGGUGAGGCUGGGAAAAGUGUGAGCGGCUCCAAGUGUGGUGAGAGCUUCAAUCAUUCAUCAAGCCUCAUGAAUCACUAAUUCCUACAGGUGAGACGCGGUUCAAAUAUCAGAUGUGUGAAGAGGGUGCUACACUUACCUAACUUGAAGAGUGUACCUGUGUGUGCAAGGUCACCUUCAUGGAACCAAAACGUUUCAAGUGUGAGGUUUGUGAUAAAGCAUUUGUGAAAUCUACCCACCCACUGGUACGGCAGAGAAUUCACACAGGGGAGAAACCAUUAAGGUGUCAGGUAUGUCAAGCAGCUUUCACCCAAUCUUCCAAUCCUGUGACACACCAGAAGACUCAUACAGGUGAAAAGCCAUUCACAUGCAAUGUUUGUGACAAAUCCUUCCUGCAAUCAUCAUAUCUCCGUGCACACCAACGUAGUCACACUGGGGAGAAACCGUUCAAGUGCAAGGUUUGUGAUAAAUCAUUCUCACUAUCUUCAACUCUCCACCGACACAAACGUACUCACACAGGGGAAAAACCGUUUGUGUGCAAGAUUUGUGACAAAUCAUUUUCGCAGUCAUCAACUCUUCACGCACACCAACGCACUCAUACCGGAGAAAGACCAUUCACAUGUAAUGUGUGUGACAAAUCGUUCACACAGUCAGGGAAUCUCCGCACACACCAACGCACUCACACAGGGGAGAGACUGUAUAGGUGUUUGGAGUGUGAUAAAUCAUUCCCUAACUCAUCGAGACUCCUGCUCCACCAGAGAAUUCACACAGGGGAGAAACCAUUCAGGUGUCAGAUAUGUCAGGCAGCUUUCACCCAAUCUUCCAAUCUCCUGACACACCAGAAGUUUCAUACAGGAGAAAAGCCAUUCACAUGCAAGGUUUGUGACAAAUCCUUUUUGCAAUCAUCAUAUCUCCGUGCACACCAACGUAGUCACACUGGGGAGAAACCAUUCAAGUGCAAGGUUUGUGAUAAAUCAUUUUCACUAUCUUCAACUCUCCACCGACACCAACGUACUCGCACACGGGACAAACUGUUUGUAUGCAAGAUUUGUGACAAAUCAUUUUCGCAGUCAUCAACUCUUCACGCACACCAACGCACUCAUACCGGAGAAAAACCAUUCACAUGUAAUGUGUGUGACAAAUCGUUCACGCAGUCAGGGAAUCUCCGCACACACCAACGCAUUCACACAGGGGAAAGACUAUAUAAAUGUUUGGAGUGUGACAAAUCAUUCCCUGACUCAUCAAGACUCCUGCUCCAUCAGAGAAUUCACACAGGGGAGAAACCAUUCAUAUGCAAGGUGUGUGAUAAAUCUUUCUCAAAGUCAUCGAACCUACGUGCACACCAACGUGUUCACACUGGGGAGAAGCCAUUUACAUGUGACGUAUGUGGCAAAUCAUUUUCGGAGUCAUCAAACCUCCAUAAACAUCGACGCCUUCACACAAGAAGCGCAAGCAAGGGAAGCAGAUGUAUGUCACCAAUAUGCUGUUGAGAGCUGCACGGUCUCUGAAGAAUGUUAAUGUUGAAACAGAAUGUGGGUCCUUCCAAACAUAACCAGCAACACCACAACAUGUGCCGGAAGUCAUCAAACCAGCGAAGACAUUGAAUAUGUCAGAACAGUGUCUUUCUCAGAUAAAAUAACAAGACAAUGAGUCACAACCCUUCAAAUGUUGCAGGAGGUUGUGAUGCCCAUUAAGGAAUACAUUUUUUACUGUAAGAGACUAUUGGACGAACAGAUGAGGUGAUUGUUCAAGAUGGCAUCUUGUACAAAGGCAACAGGGUCAUUAUCCCUAAAGAGAUGAGAAGAAAGAUGCUGAAGCACAUCCUACACAAACCAUCGAGGAAUUGGGUCUAAUGUGAGGAAAGUAAGAGAUAUACAUUACUGUCCAAACAUGAGCAAUGGAUGAAGGACCACAGUGCUUGUAUUGGACAUCAAACUAAAUGAGAUAAAGAGCUGCUCAUGACUAGUUACAUCCCAGACAGCCCAUGAAUGAAGUUUGGGGUACAGCUCUUCAAUCUCACUGGAAAUGAUUAUCUCAUCAGAUUUGACCACUUUUGAGACAUCAGGGAGUCAGAGCAGCUAAUGUCACCAAAUCUGAGUGAGAUCGUAGCAUGUCUGAAAGCAUACUUCAGUCAUCAUGACAUUGCUGACAUUGUGAUCAGUGGCAAUGAUCUCAAAUCACGAGUGAAGAUCAGACACCUUAGCAAUGCUUGGGAAAUUCAGCACCGCCUAUAUCUGCCAGUGAAGUCAAACGCUGAGGCAAUGUGUAAAUUGCCAAAGGGAUCACCCAAAAUAUCGAGUACAUCCAGCACAGAUGUGUACAACACAAUCUUAAAGUAGAGAUUUACAAUUACUAAAGGCACAGUUUUACAAUUAAUAAAAGCUCCUAAUGUUUUCGAAUCCAGUCACUGAGAGCAGACCACACUGAGGCUGCUCUUCUAAAUGAUAAAAAGCUACUGAGUCCGGAAGUAGUGACAACAAUGAGUGAGAAGAUGAAAGAGAACUGACAGAAAUUUAAUAACUUUAAUACCACUUCCAAUUAUUGUAGGAGUUGAGAAUUGGAGUGUCAUUCAGACAGUAUACAUUCAACAAAAGUCAGCUCCCUUGGCCACCUGGGAUCUGUAUACAGAAGUCGUCACCUCAAUCAGACACAGUGAAAAUGACUGAUCAGAUCUAUCAUCAGUACUGCAGUCAUCUACCUGCAACUUAAGAAGCUGCUCCUUCACAGCAGACAGAGACGGAAGAGGCAAAUCUGAUUUCAAAACCUAAGAAAGCAACUGAACAGCCAUCAGUCCGAACCAUUCUCUCACAAUGCAUCAGAUCAGCAGCAACAGCCAACACACCAGCAAUACUUGCCAUGGUAAUCAUAUUCCCCCGAGAAGCAAAGUCAUCUCAGGAACUAGGUGACAUGAAAUAUAUAGCCCUGCGACAACUUGUCGGUGUAAUAUUAGAAAAGCUGAAUGCUUUAAAGUUAUAUGGGUAAUACUGUGUGGGCAUGGAUGAAAUUGGAACAGACCAGAAAGAACCAACAGAUUUUUCUCCAUGUCUGAUAAUUUUCUUUGUAAAACAUAAAUUGAAACUGAUAGUGCAUGUAAUUUUUUUUCGACAUAAAACAGGGUGUUCUGAUAAA